AUGUCUUUUGGAGACUGCGAUAUGGCGACGAAUGGAAAUCAGGGCGCGCUUGCGCCGAUACGGAUAUGCGACUUUUCGGGGCAGCUUGCGGGGGCGGGCGCGACCCGGUUCUUCGCAGCGUUUGGGGCGCAAGUUAUUCGCAUCGAGGACAGGCUGAGCCAAGGGGGAUGGGACAUUUUCAGGGGGAAUGGGCCGUAUAUUGACGAGCGGCGCGGCACUAACCUCGGCGGGAUGUUCAACAAUCAUAAUGUGGAGAAGUUGGGGAUUACGCUGAAUGCGAAGAGUGAGCGCGGCAAGGAGAUUAUGCGCGAGAUAAUCUCCAUCAGCGAUGUUGUCACGGAGAACUUCAGCGCGGGCGUGAUGGGGAGGUGGGGGUUUCCAUACGAAGAGAUGCGGCGCAUUAAGCCUGAUAUUAUCUAUGUUUCCAACUGCGGCUUCGGGCACCGGGGUCCAUAUACGCACUUCAAGACGUGGGGGCCUGUGGUGCAGGCAGUGUCGGGGCUGACAUUUCAGUCCGCGCUGCCGGAUAUGCCGCCGGCGGGUUGGGGCUUUUCGCACAUGGACCACACCGGCGGGUACUUCAUGGCGAUAGCGAUACUGAUGGCGCUGUAUCACCGCAACAAGACGGGCGAAGGGCAGUAUGUGGAUUUGUCCUGCACGGAUGCGGCAUUGACGCUGAAUGGGCCUGCACUGCUGGAUUACACGGUGAACGGGCGACCGAUGCGGCGCCCGGGAAGCCCGCACAGCAACCGCAAUAAAUACCCGCCGAUGGCGCCGCAUGGGAUAUAUCGCUCGAAGGGGGAUGAUAGGUGGGUUGCUAUAUCAGCGCGGAACGAUGAUGACUGGCAGGCGAUAUGUGAGGUCAUCGGGCGGCCCGAACUUGCAUCAGACAGCAGGUUCGCUACGCUGGAACGGCGGAUGCUAGGUGAAAAUCAGGAUGCGCUGGAUGCGAUAUUGGAGGCGUGGACGGCGGAGCGGUCGCCAUUCGAGGCGAUGGAUGCGCUGCAAGCGAAGGGCGUGGCUGCAGCGGCUGUGCAGCAUCCGGAGGAUCGCAUGGACAAGGAUGCGAAUUCCCUUGACUGGCCCACAUUCCCUGAGGUGAAGCACAAGGAGAUGGGGCGUGUGCGCGUGGAAGGGAUGCCGAUGAAGCUGUCGAAGACGCCUGCGAAGAUCAAGAAGGGCGCGCCCGUGUUAGGUGAGGAUAAACGACUUCUUUUAUGA